ACGCGCUAGGCAGUGUGGGAGAUAGGCCUGAGCCGCCAUUUUCUUGGUCGGGUGGUGAGCUGGGAGCUCCGGGUUGUUCGCCAUGUUAUCCGCCGCGCAGCUGCUGGACGAGUUGAUGGGCCGGGACCGGAACCUGGCACCGGAUGAGAAGAGGUGUAACGUGCGCUGGGAUGACGAGAACGUGUGCAAGUAUUACCUGUGUGAAUUCUGUCCGGCAGAAUUGUUCACAAACACAAGAUCAGACCUAGGUCCGUGUGAAAAGAUCCACGAUGAAAACCUCCGCAAACAGUACGAGAAGAGUUCACGCUUUAUGAAGGUGGGAUACGAGCGCGAGUUCCUGCGCUAUCUGCAGAGCCUGCUUGCCGAGGUGGAGCGGAGGAUACGGAGGGGUCACGCACGGUUGGCUCUAUCCCAAAGCCAACAAGCUGCCGGUGUAAGUGCUGUUGGUCCAGCCGGAAAGAACGAGGAGAAGGUUCAGGUCCUGACGGAUAAAGUCGAGGGUCUGUUGCUGCAGAUUGAGGAGCUGGGAUCCGAGGGGAAGGUUGAGGAGGCGCAGGGAAUGAUGAAACUUGUAGAACAGUUGAAAGAAGAGCGAGAACUUCUCAAGUCUUCCACAUCGACAAUUGAGAGUUUUGCAGCCCAGGAGAAGCAGAUGGAGGUGUGCGAAGUGUGUGGUGCCUUUUUAAUCGUCGGAGAUGCUCAAUCCCGAGUGGACGAUCACCUCAUGGGAAAACAGCACAUGGGUUAUGCCAAAAUUAAGAGCACUGUGGAGGAAUUAAAGGAAAAAUUAAGAAAAAAAUCAGUAGAACCUGAGCGGGAACCGGAUCGGUUAAGGAAAGAACGAGACGACAAAGAUAAAGAUAAAGACAAAGAAAGAGACAGAGACCGAGAAAGGGAAGAGAGGGAAAAGAAGAGGAAACGAGAUGAGGAGGAGAAGGAAAAAGAGAAGGAAAAGGAGAGAGAGAAAGAGAGGGAAAAAGAAAAGGAGAGGACCCGUGAGAGAGAGAAGCGCAAAAGAAGCCGUUCACGUAGCCGAAAUUCCAGCAAACCAUCGGACAGACGAGUCAGCCACUCUCGUGAGCAUAAGAGGUCCCGGAGUCGGGAGAGGAAGAGAAGCAGGAGUAGAGAGCCUCAGAGAAGCCGCAGUCACAAUCGGACAGAAAGGAAACAUCGAUCACGCAGCAGAGACAAGCGAAGGUCAAAGAGCAAGGAACGCAAGUCUUACAAACACAGGAGUCGGAGCCGAGACCGCGAGCGCAGAUCCAAGGAGAGAGAAAAGAGGAGUUCCGACGACAGAAAAAGCAGCAAGUCCGGCAGCCGAGAUGGGCAAAGCGAAUCUCGCAAAUCCGACUCUAAGGAAUUGCCCACCCUGACCUCUGUGAAUGGGUCCAGCGAAGACAUAAAAUCUGAAGGUGACACUCAGUCCAAUUAAAACUGAUCUGAUUUGACCUCUGAUCAGCCGGAGGACUGCAUUGCGAAGAUCAAGGUUGACCUCUCAAGAUGUCUUAAUCGAAGAUGGGCUUUAAAAUGAGGUGACAGAACCUGUAUAAUGAAAAUUUAAAACUCGGUUAGAGUUGGUUCUAAAACCAUUACGUUGAGAACUCGAGUAUUUCUGUAGAGUCGAUUCAGUACAGUCUCUGGUUAAAUGUUGUUGCCCAAAUGUCAGGGCGCAAGAAAAUUAAUUUAAACAAACGCAAGCAAGUGUAACAGCCAUGACUUGCAUAUUAAAUCAGAAGUUUAUUAUUUUUUUUUUAUUUUUUUUUGUUCGGACUUGGAAACACAAGAUAAUUGUGAACCACGUUAAUUUUUUGUUUUUUUACUAGUAGAAAAUAGAUUAUAAAUAAACGCAACUUCUAAUUUCUCUUGUAAAUGUGCUCUGAUGUCAUUUUGGCUUGGUAUGAAAUGCUUUUUAAAAUAAAUGUGUCACUGUUUAAAGUU